GUUACAUGUCUGUGAUUGGAUUAAAUCCACCAGCAUUCUAUAUUUAGCCUUGAAACGACACCAGUACCACCACGGCCGUCGUACUUUUUGCCGACACACGAUGGCAGUGGCGGCAGAUUACUCUGGCUGGGUAAAGGACUUGGACUCUUUCAAGCCGUCGACGGACGAUGACGACGACGAGGAAGACCGACUGCAAUACAUGAGUGGCGGCUACACGUCCAAGAAACCCACGAGCCACGCGUCUCAACUCGACGAAAUCAAGCAGGAGAUGAAGUUGCUGAAUUGGCACAAACUCGCCAAUGAAGCUGCGUUAAAGGCAGCGUUGAUUAAAACCAAGAAACUCAAGCGCGAAGACGCGCGGCAACUGGCGCUCGUGGACGCCGAAGAGCACAUGGAUCGAUUGCAGCAAAUCGAAGAAGAGGAAAACUUGAAACCUCUCGAAGUCACUGCAGAGUUCAUUCGGCAAUACGAAGAAGACGAGCGAAAACAAGAGCGCCGGCUCGAGGCAGACGUUUCUCGACACAUUACGUGCCUAAAGAAGCUCAAAACCAUGUUGGAAGAUCGGGAAGACCUGCGGCGUCGGCAUAUUCAGUACCGCCAAGGCAAGCUCGCGCUCGACCACGGGUAUUCUCUACAGAGCAACCAAGAAGACGAUGGUCAGCAGCAGGAGAGUAAGCUCUCGUCUCGGUCCACAGGCAACUCAAACGACGUAACGCGCGUACUCUCAAGCUUGGACAAACUGGUCGAGUUGGAGCGGCGAAUAUCGAGUUUGGAGCAGGACGACAUUGAGCCCGCGUCCGCCGCGAUGGUCACGUCCUCCAUAGUCAAGGACAAGGGAUCGUCCACGGCACUCAAGUUUAUGAAAACGUCCAAGGGCCGGACGACAGCGCAACCAAUAAUAGCCAAGUCAAAGCAACCCAAGUCUCAAUCGACGUUCUUGACCGCCGUCCCCGACAAAACCUCUCGAGUUGGUUUGAAAGCCAAGUCGAAGGAACUGCAGCGGGCGGCCGAGUUGCGACGGAUGCCCGAACGGGACCGGCUAAAAGCCCGGCAAGUAGACCAGAAGCAAGCCCUUGUGGCACGAGACAAGCAACAAUCGGUCAAAAUCAACCAGUGGGCCCAACAGAAGAAGCAAGCUGCGGUAGCUCGAAAAGCCAACUACGUCAAGAUCAACCAGCGCACGGCAGCUGCAGCUACAGGGGACAAGGCCAAGGGAACAAAGAACAAACACAUGCAGGACUUUCAAGCCAUGAAGCGCGAUUUCGAAUCUAAGAAGAAGAAGAACAUGGCGGGGGCGACGAUGGGCGUCAAGGCGCCGCUGCCCCCCGUCAAGAAGAGACCCCCCCCCAAUCAUACAAGUCGCUGCAAUUCAGGAACAAUGAUGCAGCCGUGGGGACCCAAGCCCAAACCCCCCGCAGAACAACGAUUGCUUCCCAUGAUUCACGGUCGUGUGAAAGCAACUACGGGAGCAACGCACACUCAACCCCAUCGACAACACCUGGCCCACCAGAAGCCGACGGCGGCCAAAACUACAUCUACCCCGCCAUCAUCAUCGACGUUGCCUCGAAUGAGCCGACCACCGCACAACAACGCUGGCGGAAGUGGAGAUAGUUUAGGAUUGGGGGUCCGAGGCAUACGGAGUGGAGGUGGAUAGUGAUAAUAUAUUGUGGAUUCAGAGUUCCAGACCCCGUCGAAUCCAAUCUCG